AUGAAAUAUGCACAAAUAAACAAAUCAGUAAAUGAAUUAAUUUAUUUAGGUUUUGCUGAAGCGAUAGGGAAUACAAGCUUUGCAAAUUUCUACAUACAGCCUCAGAAUUUUUUGCUUGAAACUGAGGUUGAACAAAGAAAUAAAAAUGCUCUGUCUGUUAUUUCAAAUGUACUUGCUGUAUGGGGAGGAUUGACAGCACUUUACAUAUUUUUAUUUGGUGCUGAUUCGAUUAAACCAUGGGGAUUUAUACAAGAAAGGAUUCUUAAAAAUGUAAUGCAUAAUAAAUUGAGGACCGCGCCAUUUAAAAAGGAAGGAACUCCUGAGGAAAGGAUUGAAGCAUUGGAAACAUUUCUUAAAGGCCAUGUUGUUUAUGUUAGUUUUGAUAGAUCAGUCAAAUAA